UGAAGCCAGUCGGAAAGAGAGCGAACGAGCGAGUGCUUUCUUCGAGUGCACACCGAUCCACGGUGAAGGUCCUCGUAUAUAAGCCAUCGUAGACGCUUCUACAAUAGUCAGUGCGGCUCGUCCCAUUGGAAACACCAUCGGUGCCCGACGUACACACACCGCAGCGCGAGAUGCUCGCAUUACGAGUUUUUUUAUUCACGCUGGUGGCGGCGGCCACGGCGAGGCCCUCGUUCGAAGGCCAUGGUCUGUCGGAUGAGCCGAAGCUCAUCUCGCAGUCGGUGCAUCUGCACGAGGUGCCGACCAAGAUCAUCAAGGUCACCAAAACGGUAGCCAUCAAGGUCCCCGUGCCGUAUCCCGUUAAGGUGCCGCAGCAUAUUCCAUUUCCGGUGCCGGUGAAACAUCCCGUGGCAGUUCCGGUGCCACAGAUAGUGAAAGUGCCUCAGCACGUGCCGAUACCGGUGGAGAAGCCGGUGCCGGUGGAGCUGCACCAGCAGAUACCGCUGGUAGUGUCGAAGCCGGUGCCGAUACCGCAUCCGGUGCCGGUGCCGCAUCCGGUUACUCUCACCAAGCCGAUCUUCAUCCCGGUGCCGAAGGCGAUCCCGAUUCCCCAAUCGGUCCACAGCGUCGGGAGAACCGGAGGGGAGGACGAUCACGUCAGCCAUGAGACCAACUACGGCGCUUACAGCGUGAACGUCCAGAGUCACGAGGCGUCGUACGAUCAGGGGGGCGGCGAUCAGGGACACUUUCAACCCUCCCAGCCCGACUACUCGGAUCAUUAACUUUCGAGAUGUGACGGACGGGUCGGCGGGUAUCGGCGAUGAUCGGAUGGCGGCGAGGACGCGGCGGGUCCGAAAGAAGCGGUCAAUCAUCGGCGAGGAUGCACGGCGAGCUGAUCGCCUCGAAAGCGGUUCGAGCCAAACGUCAAAACGCGAGUCAAGUGCGAGAGCGACCGCUUGUCUUGGAAACUUGACUCGCGCCGCUUUCAUGAUCGAUCGCUCGCCAAGUAACGUUGUCCUUCGGAGUUGUAUCGGCUAGGCCGGCUAACGCUGACCUUGCCGACGUUCCGAUGAAGAGCAAGGUAGAGAGGAGUAGAGGAGGUGUGGGGGGAAUUCGAUAAAGGGUCAAUCUAACGUGCGACUGCGGGAUAGAGGAUAACGGAGAUGGCGGAUAAUCGUGGAUAAUGCCGAUCAAAAUGCGCGAGAAUUUCACAACUUUGGAAGUUACAAGAUUAAAUUAAGAUUAAAUUAAAGAAGAUGGGUUAAAUCUCGUUAGAGUCGCAAGAGUGUGUAGCGAAGGAUUUUUUGACGCUCUGCGAUUUCUCCGAAGACGCAAGUGAAACUUUUCAUCCGAAAAUUUCAGGAAAAUUUCUGAAGAUCACGAGAAGAUCGUGACGAAGACGGUAAUUCGUUUCUUCGAGACAUUGUUUUUUUUAUUCUUGUAAACGCAACCCGAAAACCGAGUAGCAAGAGUUGCUUUUGCAUCUGCGACACAUGUGCGCACGUACAUGUAUUUUUAUGUAUAUAGAUCAACAAGUUUUCUCCGAGAGAAAUGUUGAGUUUUUGUUUGCGCUUUGCGAUGAUAGACUGUUGACGUUGCAUUGUUUUCUAAUAAAAACGUUUUCACACGCCGCAAUCUCGUGUUUUCCUGC